CUGCAGGGUCUGCCUGGACCUCCUGGUGCUUCUGGAGACCAGGGUGCUGCUGGAUCUGCUGGACCGAGUGGCGCUAAAGGACCUGCAGGACCUGUUGGACCAGCUGGUAAGGAUGGUUCUAAUGGUCAGCCUGGACCUAUUGGACCACCUGGACCUCGUGGACGCUCUGGAGAGGCUGGCCCAAGUGGUCCACCUGGUAACCCUGGACCCCCUGGCCCUCCUGGUCCCCCUGGCCCUGGCAUUGACAUGUCUGCCUUCGCUGGGUUGUCUCAGCUCGAGAAGGGACCCGAUCCUCUGCGUUACAUGCGUGCCGACGAGGCCUCCAGCUCUCUUAGACAACAUGAUGUGGAGGUGGACGCCACACUGAAAUCAAUCAACAGCCAGAUCGAGGACAUCCGCAGCCCAGAUGGCUCCCGCAAGAACCCUGCGCACUCCUGCCGAGACCUGAAACUCUGCCACCCUGAAUGGAAGAGCGGUGACUACUGGGUGGAUCCUAACCUUGGUAGCAGUGCUGAUGCCAUCAAAGUUUUCUGCAACAUGGAGACCGGAGAGACCUGUGUGAAGCCCAGCACUCCCAAAAUCCCACGCAAGAACUGGUGGAGCAGCAAGA